AUGACACCACUUGCGGAUCUUGCACUUCGGAAAGCGACGCAGUAUCUUCAACUUCUCCAAACACUUGCUCACCUAAAUGUACAGCUGGCUCAAAAGGCUGCGCAACUUGUACAGAUGACACUACCUGCGGGUCUUGCACUUCAGAAAGCGAUGCAGUUUCUUCAACAUCUCCAAACACUUGCUCACCUAAAUGCACAGCUGGCUCAAAUGGCUGCGCAACUUGCACAGAUAGCACUACUUGCGGAUCUUGCACUUCAGAAAGCGAUGUAG